CCCAGCGUCAUGGAGUGGCUCAGGGACAUUCUCGGGCUGGGCGAGUUCAUCGCCGGGAAAAGCUUGGUGCUGAACGAAGUGCUCUUGGAGAACUCGCGCCUCGCGAACAUCGAUUUCGCGCUCCUCGAGCUGUCGCCCGAAGAGUGGUUUACGUACGGCGCAGAAGACGAGGAAAUGUACCAAAUAGCACCAGCGAGCAGCGCUUCAAGUACAACAAAACAGCGAGGUUCCAUUGACGUGGCACGCAGAUUACGAGGAGAAUACAUCCUAGCAGCACUGCAGCGCGUGCUGCUGUCCGACUACGGCAUUAUUUCCAGACCCGAGGCCCUCUUGUCCGGCUUGCCGAUCGACAGUCUGCAGCAUACCGACCCAACGCUGAUCGCGAGCAUUUUCCGCACAGCGAUGCAAACCGGGGGACUGCGGGUGGAUGUGUCUGCGGUCGCGGAACUGUUUCCGCUGCGGAUCUUCUUGCACACGGAGCUAGGCGACCACUCCCGCAUACUGUGGGGCGAUAACGAGCUCAGAAGGAGCCUGGUCGGCGUUCUGCUUGCGCAGCUCGCUAAGGAGGAAAAGCUGACCAGCUUCCUGGAUGUCCUGGCUGAGGAGCAGCAGCGAGGACUAGCGGAGUUCCUUGCGGGAGAAGCGUCGCCGCAGGUAUCAACGCGCGAAGUGGGCGCACUUUGCUAACUCUCUUCGAUGAACAUAGAUGAGCGCACGCAGUCGCUUGCGUCGUGGUAGUUGACGUCCCCGCGCAUGUGUUGCCAGAAGCAAAGGGCGAUAUCGCUACUCCAGAAGCAAAAACAUAAUGUUGCGGCUUUGAUUUUGAAUGCGAAUCUGAAUCCAAAUCAUAUCAACAGCUUCCCCCGCAGCCAUGGCGUAUGUACAAGAAGGGACGGCCGGGAACCUGGUGCCUCGUGGAAGCCGCGUUCGGUAUGCACAUCACCGAGCAAUCUCCUGCCGCGUUCUGGGGUGUGAGCGCUGGAACAGAUUUGCCCGCAGUUGCCGAGCUGUGCAGCAGGGGUUGGACGGAGCUGCGUCGGCUGUUUCCUGCGUUGGGCAAUAUGCACAGCAAACUCUGUCUGGAACUUCUCAGAACACGGCCAUGGAAGAGAUAUAAAGUAUGGCGGCAACUGCUCGUUGGCCAUCUGGCGACGCGUCACUCUUCGCCAUGGUUUAUGGUGGCAGUACGUUUUGCAUUUUUUCGUUGAUAGGACCUGAAGCUCACAAAGAAGAAGCAGAAGUUGAAGUCAAGGAGGUUGGCUUCAACAUUUGUAUUUGACCCUUGCGAAUCUGAAUACUUCUAAACAAUUGAGAUUUAUUAGAAGUAGAUACAACAGCGUGUGGAGUGUAGUUUUGAGGUAACAUAGUAGUUAGGACACAAACAUAAUUUCACUGCUGACUCUGACAACUCCGCUUCAUGUUGAUUCUUUUUACCACUCAAUUUCCACCCGAGAAGGCACGAAAAACAGAUACGAUGGCCCGUCUUUCUGAGUAGCAUUGUUUCCCGAUUGAUAAAGCGGGUCGAAGGAAAGGCCGUGAUGGGAGGGCCGCUUCCGCCACCUGACGGGCUCUGGAGACACGAAGACCUACCCCUCGACUAUGAGUCCUACGCCGACUGGUUGUGGUUGUUAGGGACACUAACGCAACUUCUAUCCUGCGCAAAAGUAUCGCAGUACUGAUCGUAAUCGCAUGGAAAAUUUUCUGUAAUGCGGAUCUACCAUGAGGCUGAGGACGAGAUUUGUAAUGCGUGAAUUAGUUAGAAGUUUUACUACGAGUGCGAUGCUUCUGCAACGCAUAAGUGCUGGACCGCGUCUAUUGUACCAGCCUGGCCUUCACGGUGAUUGCCGACUUCAUCGACGCGCAGCAGAUUACCCACGCCGGCUUCGAUGCAGCUGCUCGGCGGAUCGCGGCCCUCCGGUCUACACUUCUGCUGGAGGGAUCCCCAAGCGCCGCGCCCCGAGCGCUCCUGCGUGGUGUCAAGUUUCUAGAGAAGGUCGGCAUGGACAAAGUAUUACGCAUUGCAAAAGUACUCUUGCGUCAUGGCAGCCGCGGUAGAAGUAUGAUUGACAUUGAUUGGAUAGGAAAAAAAAAAUGAAUAAAAAAGAACUGGGCGAUUGCUGCCGUGAAAAAGCGAAAAGAAUCUGCAAUAAUGUGAAUUAAGUAACCUGAGACGAAGCGAAACUUGUCAUGCAUCAUUGCUACUGGUAGUACGAAGACGUUGAAGACGAAACGCAUACGAUAGUUUUGCAGUGGAUAGGUCUACGACCAGUGCAUCGAGCAGAGGCAUCAAGCGCAGGAAGGCUAUCCCAGACAAGAACUGCGUUACUGCAACUUUAUCGAUUUGUCGUUGAGCAGACACAGAAAAGGCUGAUUCUUUUCAUGCGUGGUAGUGGAACCUGAACAACAAAUUAUCAGAUUUCAGAAAUCUGAAAGAACCGACAUGAUGGAAUUACGAAUAUGUCUUUUGAUGCGGCAUAGUUCUAUGUUUUAUUUUGUUGACAGGACAUGUGUAGUGUGAACGUCAAUGUGCCCGGGCAGGGUCUGCUGCAUUGCACAUGCAUGCACGCUUACGCUAGCGCAGUUUUUUUCUUGGAUAAAAGUGUCGCGUCGUCCGGGAUGCUGGAGCCACCGUCGACUUCCUCGUCGGGCAGCAGCGGCCUCGACGGCCACCAGGACCCUGUGGAACGUGUGCAGUCCUCGUAUUAUAUGCAAAUAUGUUGCUUGGCACGGAGUACUCUCGCGCAGCCGCCCCUCCAAAUCUAAAUCGAAAUCCAUAUUACUCUGCGGUGUCUCAGCAUCACAAAACCACCUGCGGAGGUGGCUUUUGGUUGGCGAUACCUAUCCUGCAUGAGAGCGAUGCAGAAAGUGCGUGCGUGCGUGCUUUUCGACACAUCGACAAACAUACAGAUUUGAUAUCGUAUUGAUUUUUGUGCGACUGGCAGCAAGCAUCCCAACCCUGCAUUGUAAUUUCCAUUUCGGACCCCAAGUUAAAAGAUAUUUGCAAUGCAUACAGUAGUCCUUCCUCCUAAGUGGCGCGACAUUGUUUCCAGUUUCCGCCACGUCCUGCUUUGCGGUCGCGCUGGCACCCUGGGGGAGACAAAAGCCGACCGGCACGCAUUUUUGAGCGACCAAGUUAUCCAGUGCAAACACGUCUUGGUCUGGAACACUACACAGAGGCUUGUGAUGCAGAUUGCUUCUCCGCAUGACCCAAAACAUUUGGAAUUCUCACGGAAUUUUCGUUCAGAAGGCUCGGCAGUGCCUCGCGGGCCGCUGGAUGAAAAAUUCCGAAAGGAAAAAGCCUUCAGCUUUGGGUGCUCAUGCAGUGUACUUGCUCUUGUAUACUCCCAGUGGACACACUAUCACCAUCUCGGAAACUUACAGACCCAGAUAUCUUUGCUAUGGAUACAAACUACAAAGCCUCAACUCGGACACAAACCCGUGGAAGCAGUACUCAUCGAAGUAGAACGAGACUUCGAGGUUGCAUUCGACGCGUUGCCCUCCGCUACAUCUUCUGGCCGUCUUGUGCAGCCCGGCGCAUCAAGCGGCGACGAGUCCCGAGUUUCCGGCGGCAGUCAGGAGGCGACGACGAAGAGGCAAAAAAUGGACGAGGGCGAAUAGUUAUGCAUUGCAAAAGCAUCGCGCUAGUAAUAUUUGCAUCGCGACACAUUUAGGUCUGCGUGACGCAUGAUGUUUGUCACGCUGAUUAACAUUGGCAUUGGGAUGAAGAUUUGCAAAUGGCGCAUGAUUGCGAUUACGACGAGUAGAGAUGCUUUUGUCAUGCAUAAAAGUCGGGUUGCUGUUUCAGAAUAGAAAGAGCAAAAAAUGUUUCUCUUCUAGAUUCAGUUUUUGUGUUCGAGGGCUGCGUAAAGAUUGAAUACGACAAGCACAAGUCGUUGCGUGGUUACAAGUACAACAUUUAAUUUUAUUAUUUAGUGAGUGCAAAACGUCGAAAUCCAAAUCAAAUCAAGUGUCAGAGAAGCAGAAAAGUAUAAUUUUGAAAAGACAGGAUUAAAAACAAACGAAGUGGUGAGUCUCUUGUUGAAACCCAUUCAUUGAGGACCGGCGGAUGAACGUCUUCAAACCCGCGAUGAAAAUAGCAGCACAAUUUUUACGGAUCAGAAUUAAUACCUACGAAAAAAGAUAAAAUUAGGAAAAUGGGUAAAUGAGUAAGAGGGUAUAGCAAGAUCAGCAAUUUUUAUAGAGAAACAGAAGUAGUUAGACGCACGAGGCAACUGCGAGUAUUCAUUGCCAUUGGAUCCCGCUGCUUUUUCGGGCUUAGAAGAAAUUAUGGGUAGCAAAUACUGACGAGGUUGAUGAUAAGAUUCGCUUGGUGACAAUGAAGAACGAGCUAAAAGGAGAAGUAAGGAAUUCCAAGCCGCGGACCAAUCAGAAAAUUCACUUUACCCAUAUGUAGUUGUAGUAGGACUGAACUCAAGAAGGGCUUGAUUAUCUUCAUGAGACGAAAACACUGAGUUGACGGUGACGAGCUAAUAUCACAUGUAGAAAAUGUAAAUGAAGGCUCAAGUAGUUGAUGCGAGUAAAAGUCAAGGCGCUGCUUUGCAGUUGAAGUUGUUCCGGA